UUAUCAAAUUGGAUCGGCCCUUGGAUGCGCACCGGUGCAAUGUCGGCUCUAAGCAGCAUGGAACCAAAUGAGAACAACAUGCGGGUGUUUUCUAACUAUUUGCAGCAGACGUUAAGUCCUGAUGAUCAAAUUCGGAAACCAGCGGAAAGUUUUCUGGUCAGUGUGGAGCAUAAUGAAGGUUUUUCGCGACUUGUCAUAUCUGUAAUUCUAAGCCCGGAUUUUUCUGUUGAGGUCAAGAUGGCAGGCGCGAUAACUUUAAAAAACUUUGUUAGGCACAACUGGAAUUUGACAAAAGAUGAUGUGCACUACAUUUCGGAUACUGAUCGGGCGUAUAUCAAAGAACAGAUCUUGGGGCUGAUGAUCAUCGCGGCUCCGAAUAUCAAACGACAGGUAGCAGAAGCACUUGCUGUUAUUGGCAAGAGCGAUUUUCCUGAUCGCUGGCCGUGUCUGGUCGGUGACUUCGUUUCUUAUUUGACCUCCGGCGACUUCGACGUUAUCCAAAGCGUACUGCAAACCGCACAUUCAUUGUUCAAGCACUAUCGCUCUGACGCGAAGUCUAACGAGUUGUGGGCUGAAAUUAAGUACGUACUUGACAACUUUGCGUCACCAUUGACUGAACUGUUCAAACUCACUGUCACUUAUGUUAUCGACAUGAUCUCUUCUCCUACACGGACACCGGAAAACUCCAAAACUGCGAAGGCAGCGAUUGCUUCUUUGACUUUGAUGGCGAAGAUUUUUUAUAGCUUGAACAUCCAAGAUCUGCCGGAAUUUUUCGAAGACAACAUAAAUGUAUGGAUGUCUAACUUUCUGACUCUGUUGAAAGCAGACUUUUCGCCGCUUGUUUCUCCAAAUGAAGACGUCGUGGAGAAUCUGAGAUCACAGAUCUGCAACAAUAUCGGAAUGUACGCGCAGCGCUAUGAAGAAGAAUUUUCGCCGUACUUGUCAUCAUUCGUCGAGGUCGUUUGGAACAUGCUGUUGAAUACGGGUCGUGAGGUAAAGUACGAUCUGCUCGUGGCGAAUGCAGUCAGUUUCUUGGCGUCCGUAUGCGAGCGCGAACGGUACAAAGGUCUUUUCGAAAACAAUGAAACGCUGGCUUACAUUUGCGAGCGCAUCAUCGUACCUAACAUGGAGCUUCGUCAGUGUGAUUUAGACAUUUACCAGGACAAUCCUGAGGAAUACGUACAAAAGGACAUCGAAGGUUUUGAUGCGAGUGCACGCAGGCGUUCGGCAAGUGAUUUCGUGAGAAUUCUGUGCAAAUACUUCGAGCCGUCAGUCAUUCAUCUGUGUUCUACCUAUAUCAAUCAGCUGUUUACCGAAUACGCAGUGAAUCCGAUGCAAAAUUGGCAGCGAAAAGAUGCCGCCAUUCACCUUGUAAUGUCACUGAUUUCGCGAGGACAGACGGCGAAAUAUGGGGCUACGAAAACCACUGAGCUGGUGAACAUUGCUGAGUUUUUCAAUAAUCACGUGAAGCCAGAACUUGAGUCAGAAACCGACUUGUGCAUGUUGAAAAUGGAUGCUUUGAAGUACGUCGUUACGUUCAGACAUCAACUGCCAAAAGAGGAGUUACAAAAAUGUCUCCCGGUGUUCAUCAAGCUUCUUAAGUCGGCUGAUGUCGGCGUGCGUUCUUAUGCGGCCCAUCUGUUGGAAUGCGUGUUGACUAUGAAAGACUUGAAAGGUAAACUGAGCAGCCAAUUCGUAGUUGAUCGUUCACGGUUCGUAACUGGAUAA